AUGUGCUGCAGAUGCGGUGUAAGCUGGAGCGCAGGACUGGAGAAGGGGAAACGUAAGGCUGUUACACGAGCAGACGAAAGCAAAAUGUGGAGCACGACAUUGAGGUGGCCAUCCUUCGUGAUGCGCCGUGGUCCGCAGAGGCGAAAGGUGUUCUCCGCGGACAGAGUUGCUGACAUCAAGACAGGUGAGAUGGACGUAGGAGCGUCGUCGAUCGCAUGUGAAGGAAGGAGUGCACGCAAGGCAUCGCCCAUGCUCUGCACAGGUCUCUCCAUUGAGCGGUCUGGCUCUACGACGAGAUGGUUGACGUUGCUGCCCAGUAAUCCAGACACUUUGGUAAAGACAUCGAAGCGACGUGCCCCGCUAUUGGGCGAUCGAAAAUGCCAUGUCGUGCAGCUUGUCGCUCGAGGGGAGCCGAGUAGGUCGCACAACCCCAGGGUUCUCGGAUCGCCGGUGCCCCGGACCCUGUCAGACUGUGCCUCGGACAUCGAAUCUGCCAUUCGCUGCGUCGAGCUUUCGUCUGAUGGCAUGGUCCUCACAAAGCUGGCCUUGACCGAUGUUGCGGUCGAGUCUUCAGUGGUCAAUCCACCGAGUGCGUGUCUGGAUGCCGUGGCUUGCAAAGACCUUCUCACGUUGUCCAAUUCGCCCUUCGUUAGCACGGCGUCUUUGGCUCCACAUCCACCUGUCAACCUCGCGCCGUAUCCGCACGGCAUACCGACAUUUCGACAGUCUGAACUAGCAUCAUCACACCUCGCCACUGCUAGAUCAGGAUUGCUGUGCGAGAAUGCCGAUUCGCGUCACCAGCUCCAUCUCCCGAAGACAGUGCAUGAAGUUGGGCAACGGAGGAUGAUGCAAGCCCCCACUGAGCACGCAACAUCAUCAACUCGACGAUUCGAAAAUCUACUUCCUAUCGGGCAAUCGUCUACUUUGGAAUUCAGCAUACUUCCUCGGCCCACUAUGGGGCUUACCUUUCUGCCUCGUCCAUCGCCGUGCGGAUCCAGGAAGCGCAGCCGAGCGGUGGCUGAUAUCGAUGGCGAACAUUCUUGUGUGCAGAAGAAGAAGCGACGACUUCGGUUAUUCCUCAUCACUUCACGAUUAUCGCCACAAUUUUCCCACCCAGCAACCAAUAUUGUGGAUCGCGGUAGCUCUAAGAUUGCAGUAUGGGCCAAGCAAAAGGCACUUGGACGAAACUUGCUCAGAAAGGCUGCCAUCCUCAAUAGAAUACGCAGACGAUGCAUCGUGACCAAGGAGGCGCAGUACGGCCGCGGUCGUGUGCCAGUUGAGCAGGAGAAAGAACAAGCACAACUUGAGUUAGCGAGGCUAGAGUUCAACCAUGGCAGUGUCGACACUUAUACGAGACCGGUACACUCGCGGGAUCCUUCAGUACCACCCAGUGCUGCCGUGAGAACUGGGGGCCAUUUUGUAGUAUCUGGAUCGCCUUCCAGUUCUCCAGUGUCUUCGAGAAGCCCCUCACCCACCUCGCCGUCUCCAACAUUAAGAAGUCCUUCCGACGAGGUUGCCACGUUCCGCUCGCCAAACGAAGCAUGGUCUCAUGCUGCAAGAGACCCGGCACCACGUCGAGACUACCUACCCCUACCGCCAUCCCCACUUGGGCUCUCAAACUAUGACGCUCUCGACGUUGAAGAUAGCGGUGAUGCGUUCGACUCGUACGCUCAUUUCGACGAGGAUGACGAGCCGAUUCUAAAUCCCUAUGAGGACGACGAUGAGGUGCCUUUCUCGCCUUCUGCCGUCACUUCUAGCUCAUCCACCACAUCAUACACCAACACUACACAUGCCACGAGCAUGUUCUCCGACUUCGACGUGCUGGGCCACGAAGAACCAGUUGUUGGCGAUUAUGACCAGGUAGAUGAUGGUGCGAAUGCGCUAUGGCCAAGCGCGUCUACAUUCGAUAGCCCAGCACUCACACUCGCAUCGACGUCGCCGGACUUCCCUGCCAUAUUCGCAACGUCGCUGUCUGCACCCAAGAGAACAGACUCGUUUGCCAUGUCGCCAAACUUCCGCCCUACUAUACCAACGAAAUCAGUGUCACCGGAGAUGCUCGCCGUGGGCACCGCGGCCGCUACCUCGCCAAACUUUAUGCCUACAGCACGGACGAUGGCUUCUCCUAGUCUCGCGCCAAUAGUAACGCCAAUGUCACCAAACUUCCCUCCUGUAUCGACAUCGCCCAAUUUCGCCUCGGCAUCGGCGACCAUACCUGCCUCACCGAAUCCGAUGCCACUGGCCGCUCCUGCCUCGCCAAACUUCCUACCGGUAUCGAAGUCGCCUAAUUUCACUGCCCUCGACACGUCGAUGACGGUACACAAUCCGACGGCAUGGAACUAUCUGGACAACCACCCGGGCCGAGCAGAUGAGCCAGCCCGUUCAAACGACGUCGACGAGGAGCGUAGACGGCAGAGGAACUUGAUGUUUAUGCGUUUUGGAUCAUGA